CUCUAACCACUAGGCUACCCUGCUGCCCCGUUAAGUGAACUGGGGAAAUCUUCAGGGGCUGUAGUAUUUAAUUAUGUAUUUCGUUUCCUUAGGGAGAUGAUAUUAUUGGGUAUGAUUUAGACCUUCACUGUCUCUGGUCCAAACUCCAGUCAAUUUGGUGGCGGUAAUGCACCUGAAAGUUGGUUGCCAACCGCCAUAUAAAAUCCACAGAAGAAGAAGCAGGAGUAGAGCGCUCGUCAAAGGAGUCAGCUCAUGGGUGACGACGGAUGGUCAUGUUGAAUACAUGAAGAGAAUUCCUGGUGCCCGGUGUCUGACCCGCUGGGUGAAUGGGGAAAAAGAAGGAAGUUUUUCGGUCCUGUUGUUUUUUUUAUAAAGAGCAAAUACCUACGCAUGUGAAGUUUGGUUACGUAAGAUACGCCGUAAGAACUUUCGUCCAAAAACCACUGCCGUUUAAGAAUUGUAAAGGAUUUUGCCAUGUUUCAAGUGUGUGCAGACUAACAGAGUAUAGUGAAGAACGGUGUGUAGAAGGAGAACGGUAUUGCAAUUGUGGUAGGGAUCAUGUUCCUGGAGUGCCAUGUAAGUGUGAAGGAAAUUGAGGUGGCAAGUGUUAAAGCGGUCGAAUCGCUUAUGCGGAGGCGAUUAAAAUAAUUUAGAAAACAAGUGAUGCUAGUGAAGAUAUGGUAGUGGAAACACCACAGCCUGUAGUAAAUGUUUGCUGUCAGACAGAAUAAACGCUGUGUGUCUUUUAAAAAGGUUUUUGUUUUGUUUUUUUGCGUUCAUUGCCACAGUUACAAAUUGUAGAGCACAAGUCAUAAAUAACAAACAAAAAAAACUGGACAUUAUUGUGGCUGUGGUAGAAACGUUUUUGGGACUCAAGGAUUUUACAUCUGAAGACUUGCAAGAUGUACUGACUGGAGCGGGAAGACCUGCCCUACCAGGUUCCCAUUGAGCCUGUGUAGGGAUAAGAUCUGUUUCAUUAAUUUAUUUUUAACAGAAAAGUUAUAUAGUUUUUUAAUUUGGGGGGGGGGGGAUCCUGUUUCCAUCCCGUGUAGUUGUCGGUAUGCACAUUAAAUUGUGUGGUCGCCAAGAUGCCGUAGAAGACGUUUCAGGCAGGACAGAGAAGGGAUUAAGCAAUUUUGUGACAGCCAGGAAGAUACAACUUGGAAUGUUAGCUAAGAUGCAUAACUUAUCAUGAAGUUAGCAUGCCAAUAGGACGAACUCCACAACAACUGAACAUAGUUGCUUGCACCACCUGGAUAGCUAGCAUUAGCCGGCUAACGUUACUGCUGACUGGUAGCAAGCUAGCAGGCUGGCUAGCUAGCACUAUCUGGCUACUGGCUAUAGUCAUGUUAGCUAGUAGUAGCUAGUGGAAGUAAGUUAGUCCCUCGACCAGCUACAAGAUGAAGCUGCCCGACCAGAGGUACCUGCUGCAGAAAGAACAUGCCUGCAAAAGGACAGACCUCAUCUGAGCAGAUCAUCAACUUCAUCCAGUUACAUCAGCCAGUACAGUAAGUUACAAUCGGGGUCUGCCCUGACAGUCCUGAAGAACGACGGAGAGGACUACAUCUUCACCACGGCAAACAGAUCCCUCUGUCCAGACCUUCAGUUCUGCUACCGGUACAAGAAAUUCACAACCUACUUCCAUUGACUGUUCACUCGUAUAGAGUGUUGGGCAUUCAGCUAUCGGUAGGAGCUGCCAACCUGAGGGAGUGACCCCAAUAAGGCAGCAUGCGGAUCCUUAAGGGUAAACUCCACCAAAGGACGAAAGUGUUAAAUCUCCCUGCGCCUGAAUGCUUACUAUGAGGCACGGGUGACUGACAUUGUCCUUGGCCGCUGGGAAAUGUUCCAGCACUCACAUUUUCUGGCACAGGAUAGUAGCGUCAACCCAUCUGACAUUGAGCAGGUGUGCAGAGAAGCAGUACAGGGUGAAGGGCACCACACCAGGACAGACCUAUACUGCGGACAUGCAUUUGUUCAGUAGGGCACACAGGAGCUCCAUGCAGACACCAGGCUGCUGUGGUCCAUAUAUACGAAUGCCUGUCCAGCAACUUCCUCCUGACAACAUUGGAGAUGAGGGAUGAGUUGCUGAAGACAACAGGAGAUCUCUGACACCACCAUCAUCAAUACUCCUCCAGCACUGUGUGUGUGAUGUCAUCCAUCUUGUCUCUGGCAUCUCUUUUUCUAAGUUCUGAUGGAUACCCUUUCACUACCUGUGGUGUGGGAAAAGGAUACAUCAACACCCUGAAGAGAUGUUUGGUGCACUCAUAACAUGUUUUUGAGUGAUUAAUGAGUAUCAUCUUCAAGGUUGAUAAGAAAGGAACAAGUCAAAAAGACAGAUUGAGGCUUUCAAUCGAACUGAGGACAGAGAAAUAUGUGUGCACUGGGUCAAGGCUUCUUGCAUGCAUAACUUUUAGAUGGUUUGACUAUAAGACGUGUAACGUGCUGGUGGCCCUAGAGCCCCAGGCAGAGGAGAUAUCAGUAUGUGUGUUUGAAGGCAAGGAUCAGGAUGACAUCGGAGCCGGAGAUCAGGGCCUGAUGUUUGGCUAUGCUACAGAUGAGACAGAGGAAUGUAUGCCUCUCACCAUCUUACUGGCCCACAAACUCAACCACAAGAUGAAGGAGCUGUCUGCCAACGGGGAGUGUCCUUGGAUCAGACCGGACUCUAAAACUCAGGUUACAGUGGAGUACCGUGAUAACAGUGGGGCCAUGGAGCCGGUGCGUGUCCAUACAGUGGUCAUCUCUGUGCAGCAUAGCCCUGAUGUCAGUCUGGAAGAGAUACGCCGUAGCCUGAUGGACAGCGUGGUUCGGAAGGUCAUCCCUGCCCGUUACCUAGACGACAAGACCAUCUACCACCUGCUGCCAAGUGGGAAGUUCCUUCUGGGCGGACCUCAGAGUGAUGCAGGACUGACAGGUCGUAAGAUCAUAGUGGACACGUAUGGAGGGUGGGGAGGGCAUGGUGGAGGGGCCUUCUCUGGAAAGGACUACUCUAAAGUGGACCGCUCUGGGGCCUAUGCAGCCCGCUGGGUGGCCAAGUCUCUGGUGAAAGCCAAGCUCUGCCGGAGAGCCUUGGUUCAGGUUUCGUAUGCCAUCGGUGUGGCUCACCCUCUGUCCAUCUCUGUGUUCCACUAUGGAACGUCCACCAGGCAGGAGGAUGAACUGCUGCAGAUCGUCAACAACAACUUUGACCUCAGGCCUGGGGUAAUUGUCAAAGAGCUGGGUCUGAAGCGGCCUAUCUACCAGUCCACUGCCUGCUAUGGACACUUCGGCCGGGACGAGUUCCCCUGGGAGAAGCCCAAGCCACUGCAGUUCUGAUGGAAACAACCACUCUUAUCACCUGGCUGUUUCUUGUAAAUCUGACUGCCAAAUAACACUAUCAGAUAAAAAGUGUAGAUCCUUUC